AUGACGGGGAAAGCCGGGGAAGCGCUGAGCAAGCCCAAAGCCGAGACAGUGGCCAAGAGUACCUCGGGGGGCGCCCCGGGCAGGUGCACUGGGUUUGGCAUCCAGGAGAUCCUGGGCUUGAACAAGGAGCCCCCCAGCUCCCACCCGCGGGCUCCCCUCGACGGUCUGGCCCCCGGGCACUUGCUGGCUGCGCGCUCCGUGCUCAGUCCCGCAGGAGUGGGCGGUAUGGGGCUACUGGGGCCCGGGGGGCUCCCCGGUUUCUAUGCACAGCCCACCUUCCUGGAAGUGCUGUCCGACCCGCAGAGCGUCCACUUGCAGCCGCUGGGCAGAGCGUCGGGGCCGCUGGACACCAGCCAGACGGCCAGCUCGGAUUCUGAAGAUGUUUCCUCCAGCGACCGAAAAAUGUCCAAAUCGGCUUUAAAUCAGACCAAGAAACGGAAGAAGCGGCGACACAGGACAAUCUUUACCUCCUACCAGCUAGAGGAGCUGGAGAAGGCAUUCAAUGAGGCCCACUACCCAGACGUCUAUGCCCGGGAGAUGUUGGCCAUGAAAACGGAGCUCCCGGAAGACAGGAUACAGGUCUGGUUCCAGAACCGAAGAGCCAAGUGGAGGAAGCGAGAGAAGUGCUGGGGCCGGAGCAGCGUCAUGGCGGAGUACGGCCUCUACGGGGCCAUGGUGCGCCACUCCAUCCCCCUGCCGGAGUCCAUCCUCAAGUCCGCCAAGGAUGGCAUCAUGGACUCCUGCGCCCCGUGGCUGCUGGGGAUGCACAAAAAGUCGCUGGAGGCGGCAGCUGAGUCGGGGAGGAAGCCCGAGGCGGAGCGUCAGGCCCUGCCCAAGCUCGACAAGAUAGAGCCGGAGGAGCGGGGUCCCGACGCCCCGGCCGCCAUGUCCCAGGAGGAACUGAGGGAGAACAGCAUCGCCGCGCUCCGAGCCAGAGCGCAGGAGCACAGCACCAAAGUGCUGGGGACUGUGUCCGGGCCCGACAGCCUGGCCCGGAACGGCGAGGAGCCGGAGCGGGAGGAGGCCCCGGACGAAGACAGGCCAGCGGAGAAGCUGAGUCCGCCGCAGCUCGAGGACAUGGCGUAG